UCCCGCGCGCUCACGUGGUGCCCGCGGCGGGGCGGACGGUGGCCGGCGGGGGUCAGCGCCCGCGUGCCGCGCUCGCUCUCUUCGGGCAGCGCCGGUGCCUGCGCCUCCGCCAGGCCGCACCGAGCCUCCCGUCCCCGGUCCUUCCCCCCUCCCCGAGCCCCGGGACUCCCUCCCCCGGCAGGGACCCAGGAUCUGCGCCCUCCCCCUCCAGCCGCUGACCCCUGCGCCCCCCAGGGCCCCCCAGCCGCCAUGGACUGGCAGCCGGACGAGCAGGGCCUGCAGCAGGUCCUGCAGCUGCUGAAGGACUCGCAGUCCCCCAACACGGCCACGCAGCGCAUCGUGCAGGAUAAGCUGAAGCAGCUGAAUCAAUUCCCCGACUUCAACAACUACCUGAUCUUUGUGCUGACGCGGCUCAAGUCUGAAGAUGAGCCCACGCGGUCGCUUAGCGGCCUGAUCUUGAAGAACAACGUCAAGGCGCACUACCAGAGCUUCCCCCAGCCCGUGGCCGAGUUCAUCAAGCAGGAGUGUCUCAACAACAUCGGGGAUGCGUCUUCCCUCAUCCGGGCCACCAUCGGCAUCCUCAUCACCACCAUCGCCUCCAAGGGGGAGCUGCAGAUGUGGCCGGAGCUGCUGCCGCAGCUCUGCAACCUGCUCAACUCUGAGGACUACAACACGUGCGAGGGGGCAUUUGGGGCCCUGCAGAAGAUCUGUGAAGACUCCUCCGAGCUCCUGGACAGUGAUGCGCUCAACCGGCCCCUCAACGUCAUGAUCCCCAAAUUCCUCCAGUUCUUCAAGCACUGCAGCCCCAAAAUCAGGUCCCAUGCCAUCGCCUGCGUCAACCAGUUCAUCAUGGACCGGGCUCAGGCGCUGAUGGAGAACAUUGACACCUUCAUUGAGCACCUCUUCGCUCUGGCGGUGGAUGAGGACCCCGAGGUACGGAAGAAUGUGUGCCGCGCACUGGUGAUGCUGCUGGAGGUCCGCAUCGACCGCCUCAUCCCCCACAUGCACAGCAUCAUCCAGUACAUGCUGCAGCGGACGCAGGACAGCGACGAGAACGUGGCACUGGAGGCCUGUGAGUUCUGGCUGACGCUGGCCGAGCAGCCCAUCUGCAAGGAGGUGCUGACCUCCCACCUGGUGCAGCUCAUCCCUAUCCUGGUGAAUGGCAUGAAGUACUCGGAGAUUGACAUCAUCCUACUCAAGGGGGAUGUGGAGGAGGAUGAGGCCAUUCCUGACAGCGAGCAGGACAUCAAGCCCCGCUUCCACAAGUCCCGCACGGUGACACUGCAGCAUGAGGAGGAGCGGCCACAGGACCCUGACGAUGCAGAGGAUGAGGAUGAUGAUGACACACUGUCAGACUGGAACCUGAGGAAGUGCUCGGCUGCCGCGCUGGACGUCCUGGCCAACGUCUUCCGGGAAGAGCUGCUGCCCCACCUCCUCCCACUGCUCAAGGAGCUCCUCUUCCACCCCGAGUGGGUCAUCAAGGAGUCGGGCAUCCUCGUCCUGGGGGCCAUUGCGGAAGGCUGCAUGCAGGGCAUGGUGCCCUACCUGCCGGAGCUGAUCCCUCACCUCAUCCAAUGCCUGUCGGACAAGAAGGCGCUGGUGCGCUCCAUCGCCUGCUGGACCCUGAGCCGCUACGCCCACUGGGUGGUCAGCCAGCCCCCCGACAUGUACCUCAAGCCCCUCAUGACUGAGCUGCUCAAACGCAUCCUUGACAGCAACAAGCGGGUGCAGGAGGCGGCCUGCAGCGCCUUUGCCACGCUGGAGGAGGAGGCCUGCACGGAGCUGGUGCCGUACCUCAGCUUCAUCCUGGACACGCUGGUCUUCGCCUUCGGCAAGUACCAGCACAAAAACCUGCUGAUCCUCUAUGACGCCAUCGGGACCCUCGCCGACUCUGUGGGCCACCACCUCAACCAGCCGGAAUACAUCCAGAAGCUGAUGCCUCCGCUCAUCCAGAAGUGGAACGAGCUGAAGGACGAGGACAAGGACCUCUUCCCGCUGCUGGAGUGCCUGUCCUCGGUGGCCACCGCCCUGCAGAGCGGUUUCUUGCCCUACUGCGAGCCCGUGUACCAGCGCUGCGUCACCCUGGUCCAGAAGACGCUGGCUCAGGCCAUGAUGUAUAACCAGCACCCGGAGCAGUAUGAGGCCCCCGACAAAGACUUCAUGAUUGUAGCCCUGGACCUGCUGAGUGGUUUGGCCGAGGGUCUUGGCUGCCACGUGGAGCAGCUGGUGGCUCGCAGCAACAUCAUGACACUGCUCUUCCAGUGCAUGCAGGACACCAUGCCUGAAGUGCGACAGAGCUCCUUCGCCCUCCUGGGCGACCUCACCAAGGCCUGCUUUGUGCACGUCAAACCCUGCAUCGCUGAGUUCAUGCCCAUUCUGGGCACCAACCUCAACCCCGAGUUCAUCUCUGUCUGCAACAAUGCGACCUGGGCCAUCGGGGAGAUCUGCAUGCAGAUGGGGGCAGAGAUGCAGCCCUACGUCCAGAUGGUCCUGAACAACCUGGUGGAGAUCAUCAACCGCCCCAACACCCCCAAAACCCUCCUGGAGAACACAGCCAUCACCAUCGGGCGCCUGGGCUUCGUCUGCCCACAGGAGGUGGCCCCCAUGCUGCAGCAAUUCAUCCGGCCCUGGUGCACGUCCCUCCGUAACAUCCGGGACAACGAGGAGAAAGACUCGGCUUUCCGUGGCAUUUGUGUGAUGAUCGGGGUGAACCCUGGAGGGGUCGUGCAGGACUUCAUAUUCUUCUGUGACGCUGUCGCGUCCUGGGUGAGCCCUAAGGAUGACCUGCGGGACAUGUUCUAUAAGAUCCUCCACGGCUUCAAGGACCAGGUGGGUGAGGAGAACUGGCAGCAGUUUUCGGAGCAGUUCCCACCUUUGCUCAAGGACCGGCUGGCAGCAUUUUAUGGGGUCUAGGCCAGGCAGAGGCACUGGAACCAGGUCGGCGCUGGAAGGCCGUCGGGACGGCGGCUGUGAGCGGGCGACCCUGCGCCCGGGGGGGUUCAGGGGGGCGGGAGGAGCCGCGUGGGGGGACCACGGCACGAUGCCCCCCCACCCCAUCCCCAGCCACCCCGGGGUGGGGGGCCCAAGAUCGGUUUCACCCCUGGGGGGAGAAAGGGGAGGGGGGACUGGGGGUGGGGGGGGUCCAUGGCGGCCACGAGGGAGGGAUGGACCCACGGCAGGGGCACCCCAAAACCCUGGGGGGGGGGAGGGGAGUAAAAAUCGGGGCAAAAGGGUCCAAAAAUGGGGUGGCUGGGGGGGGUUGUCGAUCCCCCCCCCUUUUCGCUGUAGGAUGUUCCUGUUCCCCCCCGCCCCGCAUGGUGCCCUUCCACCCCCUACCCAUGCACACAUUUAUGGAGACAAACCUAUAGGAACAUAUAGAGCGGCCCCGGGCUGGAGGGGCGCGGGGGGGCCCCGUGGGGCGGGCGGGGGGCCGAGCCGCCACCGUUGUGCUUUGUCGUGAGCGAGUCGGUGCCACGUUUCUUGUGUUUUCUUUUU